UCGGCUCGGCCGAGUGGCCUCCGGACUCCCCGCGCCGCUGGGACCGCCGCUGGGACCUCGAGCCCCCGGCUGCCGCAUUGCAACAGGCAGGGCCCAGGCGCGCCCCCCGGGCCUCCCCCCGCCCCCGAGCGGCCUCGGCCUGCCCCGGCCGUCCCCCCCAGGGAGGCCGCCCCGGACCUACGAUCCGUUCCCCGAAGCCGCCGAUCCGGCUGCAAAAAAAAAAGUUUCCGAGAGGCAGGCGUUGGAGAAGGGGGAGAAGGGCAGCCCGGAGCGGCAGGGGGCGGCGGGGGGAGCCGGCCGCGAAGGGCGACGGAGCGUCGGGAGCCCCGGACAUGUCCAGGCGGAAGCAAGCGAAGCCGCGCUCGGUGAAAGUCGAAGAGGGGGAGGCCUCGGACUUCUCGCUGGCCUGGGAUUCCUCCGUGGCAGCGUCAGGAGGCCUAGACGGAGAGCCCGAGUGUGACCAGAAGACCAGCCGGGCGCUGGAGGACAGGAACAGCGUGACGAGUCAAGAGGAGAGAAAUGAGGACGAUGAAGACAUGGAGGAUGAGUCAAUUUACACCUGCGAUCACUGUCAGCAGGACUUCGAGUCUCUGGCAGACCUGACGGACCACCGGGCCCACCGCUGUCCUGGAGAUGGUGACGACGACCCGCAACUCUCCUGGGUGGCCUCGUCUCCCUCCAGCAAGGAUGUUGCGUCACCCACGCAGAUGAUCGGGGACGGGUGCGACCUGGGCCUGGGUGAGGAGGAAGGGGGCACGGGCCUGCCGUACCCCUGCCAGUUCUGCGACAAGUCCUUCAUCCGCCUGAGCUACCUGAAGAGGCACGAGCAGAUCCACAGCGACAAGCUGCCCUUCAAGUGCACCUACUGCAGCCGCCUGUUCAAGCACAAGCGCAGCCGCGACCGCCACAUCAAGCUGCACACGGGCGACAAGAAGUACCACUGUCACGAGUGCGAGGCCGCCUUCUCGCGCAGCGACCACCUGAAGAUCCACCUGAAGACGCACAGCUCCAGCAAGCCCUUCAAGUGCUCGGUGUGCAAGCGCGGCUUCUCGUCCACCAGCUCGCUGCAGGGGCACAUGCAGGCGCACAAGAAGAACAAGGAGCACCUGGCCAAGUCCGAGAAGGAGGCGCGCAAGGACGACUUCAUGUGCGACUACUGCGAGGACACCUUCAGCCAGACGGAGGAGCUGGAGAAGCACGUGCUCAGCCGGCACCCGCAGCUCUCCGAGAAGGCCGACCUGCAGUGCAUCCACUGCCCCGAGGUCUUCGCCGACGAGAGCGCGCUGCUCGCCCACAUCCACCGGGCCCACGCCAACCAGAAACACAAGUGCCCCAUGUGCCCCGAGCAGUUCUCCUCCGUGGAGGGCGUCUACUGCCACCUGGACAGCCACCGGCAGCCCGACUCCAGCAACCACAGCGUCAGCCCCGACCCCGUGCUGGGCAGCGUGGCCUCCAUGAGCAGUGCCACGCCGGACUCCAGUGCCUCCGUGGAGCGUGGCUCCACCCCGGACUCCACCCUGAAGCCGCUGCGGGGCCAGAAGAAGCUGCGGGAGGACGGGCAGGGCUGGUCCAAGGUGGUCUACAGCUGCCCCUACUGCUCCAAGCGGGACUUUAACAGCCUGGCCGUGCUGGAGAUCCACUUGAAGACCAUCCACGCGGACAAGCCGCAGCAGAGCCACACGUGCCAGAUCUGCCUGGACCCCCUGCCCACCCUGUACAACCUCAACGAGCACGUGCGCAAGCUGCACAAGAGCCACGCCUACCCCGUGAUGCCCUUCGGGGGCAUCUCCGCCUUCCACUGCAACUACUGCCCGGAGAUGUUCACCGACAUCAACAGCCUGCAGGAACACAUCCGGGUCUCCCACGGCGGCCCCAGCACCAACCCGCCGGACGGCAGCAAUGCCUUCUUCUGCAGCCAGUGCUCCAUGGGCUUCCUGACCGAGUCCUCCCUCACCGAGCACAUCCAGCAGGCCCACUGUGGCGUGGGCGGGGCCAAGCUGGAGUCCCCGGUGGCGCGGCCUGCGCAGUCCUUCAUGGAGGUCUACUCCUGCCCCUACUGCACCAACUCGCCCAUCUUCGGCUCCAUCCUGAAGCUCACCAAGCACAUCAAGGAGAACCACAAGAACAUCCCGCUGGCCCACAGCAAGAAGUCCAAGGCUGAGCAGAGCCCCGUCUCCUCCGACGUGGAGGUGUCCUCCCCGAAGCGGCAGCGGCUCUCGGUGAGCGCCGACUCCAUCUCCAACGGCGAGUAUCCCUGCAACCAGUGCGACCUCAAGUUCUCCAACUUCGAGAGCUUCCAGACACACCUGAAGCUGCACCUGGAGCUCCUGCUGCGGAAGCAGGCCUGCCCCCAGUGCAAGGAGGACUUCGACUCCCAGGAGUCCCUGCUGCAGCACCUGACGGUGCACUACAUGACCACGUCCACCCACUACGUGUGCGAGAGCUGUGACAAGCAGUUCUCCUCGGUGGACGACCUGCAGAAGCACCUGCUGGACAUGCACACCUUCGUGCUCUACCACUGCACCCUGUGCCAGGAGGUCUUCGACUCCAAGGUGUCCAUCCAGGUGCACCUGGCGGUGAAGCACAGCAACGAGAAGAAGAUGUACCGCUGCACGGCCUGCAACUGGGACUUCCGCAAGGAGGCCGACCUGCAGGUGCACGUCAAGCACAGCCACCUGGGCAACCCGGCCAAGGCGCACAAGUGCAUCUUCUGCGGCGAGACCUUCAGCACCGAGGUGGAGCUGCAGUGCCACAUCACCACGCACAGCAAGAAGUACAACUGCAAGUUCUGCAGCAAGGCCUUCCACGCCAUCAUCCUGCUGGAGAAGCACCUGCGGGAGAAGCACUGCGUGUUCGACGCCGCGACCGAGAACGGCACGGCCAACGGGGUGCCCCCCGCCGUGGCCAAGAAGGCUGACCCCGCGGACCUGCAGGGCAUGCUGCUCAAGAACCCCGAGGCGCCCAACAGCCACGAGGCCAGCGAGGACGACGUGGACGCGUCGGAGCCCAUGUACGGCUGCGACAUCUGCGGGGCAGCCUACACCAUGGAGGUCCUUCUGCAGAACCACCGGCUGCGGGACCACAACAUCCGGCCCGGGGAGGACGACGGCUCGCGCAAGAAGGCGGAGCUCAUCAAGGGCAGCCACAAGUGCAACGUGUGCUCGCGGACUUUCUUCUCGGAGAACGGGCUCCGGGAGCACCUGCAGACGCACCGGGGCCCCGCCAAGCACUACAUGUGCCCCAUCUGUGGCGAGCGCUUCCCCUCCCUGCUGACGCUCACCGAGCACAAGGUGACCCACAGCAAGAGCCUGGACACGGGCACCUGCCGCAUCUGCAAGAUGCCCCUGCAGAGCGAGGAGGAGUUCACCGAGCACUGCCAGAUGCACCCCGACCUGCGCAGCUCGCUCACGGGCUUCCGCUGCGUGGUCUGCAUGCAGACGGUCACCUCCACGCUCGAGCUCAAGAUCCACGGCACCUUCCACAUGCAGAAGCUGGCGGGCAGCUCGGCCGCGUCCUCCCCCAACGGCCAGGGGCUGCAGAAGGUCUACAAGUGCGCCCUGUGCCUCAAAGAGUUCCGCAGCAAGCAGGACCUGGUGAAGCUCGAUGUCAACGGGCUCCCCUACGGCCUCUGCGCCGGCUGCAUGACCCGCAGCGCCAAUGGACAGGUGGGUGGCCUGGCCCCGCCGGAGCCCGCCGACCGGCCCUGCGCCGGCCUCCGCUGCCCUGAGUGCAGCGUCAAGUUCGAGAGUGCCGAGGACCUGGAGAGCCACAUGCAGGUGGACCACCGCGACCUCACCCCCGAGACCAGUGGGCCCCGGAAAGGCGCCCAGACGUCACCAGUGCCCCGGAAAAAGACAUACCAGUGCAUCAAGUGCCAGAUGACCUUCGAGAAUGAGCGAGAGAUCCAGAUCCACGUUGCCAACCACAUGAUCGAGGAAGGCAUCAACCACGAGUGCAAGCUGUGCAACCAGAUGUUCGACUCCCCGGCCAAGCUGCUCUGCCACCUCAUCGAGCACAGCUUCGAGGGCAUGGGCGGCACCUUCAAGUGCCCCGUGUGCUUCACAGUCUUCGUCCAGGCCAACAAGCUGCAGCAGCACAUCUUCGCGGUGCACGGGCAGGAGGACAAGAUCUACGACUGCUCGCAGUGCCCACAGAAGUUCUUCUUCCAGACGGAGCUGCAGAAUCACACGAUGAGCCAGCACGCACAGUGAGGGACCGCUCGACAGGACACCUCUCCGCAGAAGGCUUGCCGGAGACGCCGUGCGGAGGGCCAUUUGAACAUUACAUCCAAUCAAAGUGUCAUUUGCAACCCAGAUGUAAAACUCUAAUGAUUUGGCCAUGAGGCGCUGCUAUUAUAAGCAGCUGGAAAUGAAUAUUAAUGGCAGAGAUUAAAAGUAUUCCAUGCUCAGUAUUUUUUAUUGCCCCGCUCCAUCCAGCUAGUGUGCUUUUAGAGUUUCUGCCGCAGACUACGUUUCUAGAGUUAGAGAAACCCGCUUUUUCAGCCUAUUGUCCUUUGUUCCUUCAUGUAUUAUAUUGAUAGUUUUUAAAAAAAAGAAUUAGUGUGAUUUUUUUUUUCCUUUGCUUCUUUUUUCUUUCUCUCUCGUUUUUCUCCCCGCCCUCUUCGGUUAACUACUUUUUAAUUGCAGUUCUAGGUAAUUGUGCAUCGUGACGUGACUGUUUGGCUGUUGUCUGGAUAUUUCCUUUUCGUUUUUUAAUUAAAGACGAAUGCUUUGAUUGGAUUUGCCAGUUCACCGGACAGUGAUUAAAACUAUGUAAUGAAUAUAAUCGGUUUCAGUGCGACUGGAUGGUCUGCUUUUAAAUGUGACUGAAUCUGACCGCGGUAACUAGUGCAGUUCAAUAAAGGGAAUCACCAGAUCGGCAUCGGCUGCCUGGUUCUCUGCUCCCCAGCCGGGGCCGCGGGGGAGGGGCUGCUGUCACCCCUGGGGUGUGUCCUCAGAGCUGCUGUGAGAUCGCAUGUGCCCCAGGGACCAGCACACAAUAGCCCGAGCUUCCCUUGGAAAAGAAGCAUAGUAACAGUACAGGCUCACGGUCUGGGGGUGCUGGUGCUGGCCACGAAGUCAGAGUGGAGAGCACCCUCACAGAGAGAUAUUCAGGUCUUCUCUUUUAUGGAUGGGGAAACUGAGGCCCCAGGGGACGUAGGCAGCUUUUCCAAAGCCAUGGAGCAGACAGUGGCUCAUACACUGACUCACUUUGUUCCUUGUUUCUCCCCCGUGGGAGGCUUUGCGGGAUGCUGGUGUGGGCGGUCACAUGGUUAACCCUUACCUGGCCAGGCCUCCACGCAUGGGGACAGGCAGGGGCUGGGGGCUACAGAUUGGAGCCAGGUAGGAGCAGGAGGUUCCCCAUCACAGAGGUUCGUGGGAUGUGGAGGUGCAGAGACCCGUGGCAGGUCCAGGACUCUGGAGGGGCAAAUAAGGUGCUGAGGGCAAGAGCCCCAGUGGGUCCCCGUUCUCAGGGGCCACCUGCAUUUGCAAGCCCUGAGAAUGGGUGUC